AUGAUAUUGCAGGACCCAAUUCACAUCGACAGAGAAGAAACUCAUGAAAUGAAAAAGCUGUCUGAGACGGUGGAGCCCGGAUAUUUGACAGGAACUGAGGAGCACAUUUAUUGGAAUUCAGUCUGGGCCGCAGACAGGCCGGGAUUUUCGAAAGGUUCGUUCAACGUAUCCGAUAGAAGUAAUCUCGGGGAAUUUGAGGAAAGAAGCAAAAUAUCGCCUGAAGCGAGUGGAAGAGGAUUCUCAAAUAAAGAUUCAGAACAAAUAGCAGGAUCAUUGCAAGAAGCAGUUCUCAGUGGACGUGAAACUGAUCACCUCGAUACUAUGAUCUUUCCAAAAACAUUUCCGGAUCAGCAACAAAAAGACGAAAUAUCAAUACCACAAUGGCAACCCAGUCUGCCUCUGGAAUCGUGGACUACUGGAGAGAAUGAAACCUCUAUAGAAACACCACAGUCAUCGGAAUCAAUGUUUACAAAAGAUCAGCAGAUUAACAUAGCUUGCGUUCAGAAGUUUGCAGAGCAAACAUCUUUCAUUGGAGAGCCUACUUCAGAAAUGAAGGAUGCUGAGGCAUUACGGCCAACAGAACCAACGCUGGCUCAAGAAGAACUGGAUCACAUAGCUUAUAUUCAGAGGCUUGCAGAAGAAACAUCACUCGCCGUCCAACCACUUUCUCGUCCAGCACCUCAUUCCGUAGUUGUCGAUGAACAGAGAAGGACAUCACUUGAUGUGGAAGAGGCCGAUAUUCCACGUUAUGCAGCAGAGCUGGAAUCUGAAGAGCAAUCUGAACCAACCUCGGGAGCAGAUCAAGGUGUAGUAUCCGAAGCUGGUUCCCCUGCUCUUCUGUACGAAAGAGAGUCACCACUUCCAGAGCGAGAAGAAAAACCUUCU